UUAGUGAGUAAAUUUCAAACAACAUAAUCAACAUCGGGAAGUGGACUUCAACGAAGAGAAUCGGUAUGAGGACGUCAACUUCAAUAAAAAUAAUCAAUAUGAGAAGGUGAACUUCAAUGAAAAUUAUCAACAUCAGGAAGUCAACUUCAAUAAGAAAUAGUUAAAGUCAGGAAGUUAAGUCCAACCAAAAUAACACCUGAAUGUCAACUUCAACACAAAUAAUCAACAUCAGGAGGGCAACUUCAACCAAAGUCAUCAACAUCAGGAGGUCAACGUCAACAAAAAAUAAUUAAUUUCAGGAAGUCAAUUUCAACAAAAAUAAUCAAGAAUUGGAAGUUAACUUCAACCAAAAUAACACCAGGACGUCAACUUCAACACCAAUAAUCAACAUCAGGAAGUCAACUUCAACAAAAAAUAAUUAAAAUCAAGAAGUCAAUUUCAAUCAAAAACUAGUCAACAUCAGGAAAUCAACUUUAAUAUAAAUAAUCAAUCGUCUGAUGUUGUUCUGAGUUGAUCAUGUUGAAGUGCUUCUGACGAUCUUCAUUGAAGUUGAUAACGUUUUUGGAUUGUCACGUGAUUACACAUCGUCGCAGGACGCUCGCAAUUCCAGGGUCUAGGCAGAACGCGACACUGUGCUUUUAACCUUCACCCAGUGACGUGUGAGUGCAUAUGUGCGAUAAGAGGAGAUAUAAGGUGAAGACGGAGAGAUUGGAGGCUACAACAUGAACAGCCUCCUGCGGCUGACGUCCAUCGGAAGUGCAAAAAAACAAAAUGGCGCAGCUCUCCGAACAAAUAGCCUGGGCUCUGGUGCUCGUACACCACCGCUGGAACGAAAGAGUAAAUUCUCAGCAUUCGGUAGACUAUUCAAGCCCUGGAAGUGGAAACGAAAAAAGAAAUCGGAUAAGUUCGAAGCUGCUUCUAGAUCGUUGGAGAGAAAAAUUUCCGUCAGAGCGAAUCGAGAAGAGCUCGUGCAGAAAGGCAUCCUACUGCCAGAUAGUCCGACCUCUCCUAUACCGGAAGAGGGUCCGACGAAUGAUACGUACAAUCAGAAGCCACCUACCCCCCAGCAACAUCAUCACCAAUCAUCAACGAUACCUGGUACUCAAUUUACCAAUGCACCACACAGCCAACAACAUCAGCAACAAAAUACCAUUCUGUCCAACUCAACGACUGCCAAUUCUCACUCAUGUCCUGGAACGAAUAAUAAUCAAGCAUCAACGCAUCCCUCAACCCUCUAUCCAGGUGUACCAUCAACUAAUCAGCUGAACGGCAGCACGCAAGAGCCGAAAAAGGAAAAGACUGAACAGAGUACGAAUGGGGCAUUAUCACCAAGUGGUGAGCUUGCAUCUAGUGAGGAUGUGGGGGGACAAUCGGGGGAUCAGAAGCCGAAGAGACCGAGCCACUUCCAGGCAUCGACAAGCCUCGACAGGCGGCUGGUCAUGCUUCGAGCAGUGAAAAAAGAAAGAUCGCUACAGACAGCUGAGGAGCAGCAGGUGAUUGACAGGUACAUGUCACCAAUGCCACCUCAUAAUACUCUGAUGCUGUCUGAGCUGCCUGAGCCGCCAAUUCCAUUAAGUGAAAUCGGUCCCAUUCCACCACCCCCGAUGUUCAGCUCACCGAGUCCAACAUUGCUGGCCCGACAGAGACAACAGCAAAUGCCACUGUCCGACUGCGAAGAUGACGACGAAGAUGAAGUGGAUGUCGAGGAGGACGACGUGGACCUCUACGAGAUCCGCUACUCCCAGCCGGACCCGAGCAUCGACACAUCGCGAGUGGAGGAGAUACCCGCGAAAGAGCCAAAGUUCCAUGCAAUGCCCCUGAAGAGUGCACUGAAGAAGAAGGGCUCGGGCAGUGGCCCUGGCACCCCCCAGAGCACUCCCACACAGGAGAAUCGACCCUUGACACUUCGUCAGGAGUUACACGCGUCGUUCAAAAGGCCUCCGCUAAGGCCUAGGGUGAGAAUAUGUAGCCGACCGGUUAGAUUCGGUCUCGCUCUACCCUGCACCCUGGAGAACAAAGAGAAUGCCCGACCCUAUGUCAUCAGGGAGGACUCGGAUGGCUCGGACGAUGGUCAAGUGCUCUACCGAGACGAUUACGAGGAUGAAGAGAGCCGACUUCAAGCCAAAAUUGCACGCAAAGAGUCACUGUCACUGAAACUCGCACUUCGGCCAGACAGACAGGAGCUCAUAAACCGUAAUAUUCUGCAAAUACAGUCUGACAAUGAGAGACAGGAGAGCAAGGAAGCAAUCGGUGCACGACUCAUCAGGCGGCUUAGCAUGCGACCAACUCAGGAGGAACUCGAGGAACGUAAUAUUUUGAAGAAACAAAGCCCAGCUGAGGAGAAGAAACAGAAGGAGGAGAAGAAACGCUAUUUGCUGAGAAAAUUGAGUUUUCGGCCUACGGUUGAGGAGCUCAAGGAAAAAAAGAUCAUCAGAUUCAAUGAUUACAUUGAGGUGACUCAAGCCCACGAUUACGACAGGCGAGCUGACAAACCGUGGACCCGACUGACACAGAAAGACAAGGCGGCCAUACGGAAGGAGCUCAACGAGUUCAAAAGCUCGGAAAUGGCAGUUCACGAAGAGAGUCGACACCUUACUAGAUACCAUAGGCCAUGACAAUCGCAAUGUGUAGAGGUGAUAAAGUGUAGUGCAGUUAUCGUGGACGCGAUAUUGUGGCGUAAUUGUGGUACAUAAGACACAAGAGAAAAAAUAAUAAUCAACCGAGAUCCUCAAUCUUCCUCGAUUCAAGUCUCUCAAGCCAAUUGUUACGUCUCCUGCUGCGUCUGCGAUGAUAAUUAAUGAUGUGAUAGGGUGUGGUGAGUCCGAUUUUCGCAUUGAUUUAACGAAUUAAAUCAAUAAUCACGGGAUUCAUCAACCCGAAUAUGAAAAUACGUUGGCACAUUUUAUCGAUAUAUCGAUCUACAAACAUCACGAGGAAUUAUUCACCAGUCAGUUGAUAUUUUUUAUUGAGAGGGGAAAAAAAUUGUUAAUCAUUCCAUUCAUUUUUUCGCAAUUUUUUUUGGACUUUGUGAGUUGAUUUUUUUUUCGGUACGAUUUUGAAUUUAUUCGUAAUUUUGGGGAGAAAGUGGUCGAUUAGUUGUUGAGGAUUUUAAUUAUUGAUGAUUAUUUAACGCAAUUAUCGUUGAUUUUUAUUUUUUUUUGGAUUUUGGAGAUGUCUUCCAAGAGGAUUUCGUGAUGAAGUGGUGAAACGAUGGAGGAAGUUGAGAUUUUUCGUUGAAACCGUCGUAAGGGUUGUUUGACCCUCAAUUCUAAAAUAAAUCCCAUAAAUAGUCCCUAAAUGACCAAUUUCAAUUUUUUCGUCUUUCUUAUUUUUGGAAUUACCUGAAAACCAUCAAUUUUAACGAGAAAUGUUACAAUAUAUCUUUUAUAGAGAAUUGAAUUGCCUACAAAAAAUGUCCGAUGACAUUACGCUUUAAACCCCUUCAUUACCGGAAUAAAUAACCAUUUAGCAAGACGAAAAAUAAAUCUCACGUUUCACCACUUCAUGAUUGAAUGAGCAAUUUUAUUCAUUGGAGAAUCAUUGAAAUUAAUUACAAAAAUCCAAAAAGCACUAUUUUAAUUAAUUUUAUAGUUGUUAAAACGAACUACCAACCAUUCAAGGCCACGUGGCAUUAAUUAAUCUCAACAGCUUCCAUUGAAAAUUAAAAAUUAAAGAAAAAGAUGGACAAGUCUUUUUUUCAGUUUUUAAAUCCAUUAAAAUAAAAAUUAAUUAUUCCGUGCUACAAAAUGUGGUCAGCACGUAACGAUGAAGGAACAGUGCAUAUUGUGCAAUGACAUGUACAGAAAUGGGGGGCAAUAUCGCACGAUUAUCAAUUUUUCAUAAAAGUGAAAUUGUUACAUUAUUGAUUUUGGUUAAAUCAAGCAAUUGAUAAAGAAAUAAAUUCCUCAAGCAAAUCAGUGAUGGAUCAUUGAGUUGAUUAUCACAUCGAUAACGAUUACUAUAAUUUUUCUAAAUAAAAAAAAUACUCAAUUAAAACCGAAAAAACAGAAAAAAAAUUAUUAAAAGAUGGAAAAUGAAUUUGUUUUAAUCAAGAAAAGCCAUUUUCGAUGUUUUUCAAUCAUUGGAGGUAUUGAUGAUAAACCGUAGCGAUGAUGUGAGUUUAACAAUUUUUCAAUAGACAAGUAAUAAAUUUUGUGUUUAUUAAUGAACACAAAAAAACAACGAGACGUAAUUGUACGAGUAAGGCGCUUUCUCUGUGCGGCCAUUUUGGAUUUACUGAUAAUGAAAAUUUAUGUAUUAAGGGAUGAAGGAUUAUGCAGGUGAUCUUUGGACGUGAGUUCUGGGUUGAUGUGGAAUUUUAAUGAGAAGGGGAUGAAUCAUUAUCAUCAGUUCUAUUCACUAAAUGGGGAAGGCAGCUUAACGAUCAUUCAAUCCUUCUGGGUUCUUUAAGGGUGAGGAAAUAAUUUUCGAGGGAAAUUAUCGCUUUUGGGUGUGCUAUCAGGUUCUAAUGCUGAAUGGCAUUGGGACCUUGUCAAUCGCUUCGAUUUUCGAGUCGCAAUUUUCGAGAGUUUUCAGCCUCUGCGAUGGGGUAAUAUGGGUCCUGUCAAUUUCUUUCUCAUUAAUUUCCCUAGCUCUCUAAUGACGCCAUUUUUAACUAUCAAUCGAAACCUGGAGGCACAGAUAAUUCAUUUUAUUUCAUCACUUUGCUACAGAAUCAUUUAAUCAAGAGGAAUCGGUUUUAUUCUCCCCUUACGUUCUGGGGGUUCAUAAAUCCCAUUACGAAUCGAUGAAAAUGCAUUCAUCCCCUGAAAUCACACAAUCAAGUAAAUUCGAUAUUCUCCCCUCCUCGGUGAUCAUCCAGCAUCAUCGAGGAGUUACUGUUCGAGUAACCGUAGAUGAGAUGUAGAAGAAAAACGUUCUUAAUAUUAAAGUGAGAAAAAAACUCGUGAAAAUUCGAAAAUUGAAUUUUCAAAACAGAAAAAUUCAAUUCUCAAACUUCACUCCCUUCACAAAAUAAAUUUUAAAAAACCCAAAAAAAUGUAUUCAAAGGCUCUCGUUCCAUCGGUCAAUCACCAACGACUACUGUGUAGUCGCAAUAAUAAAAAAAACUGAAAAUUGAGAAGUGAAAAAAAAAAUUUUGUGAAAAACAGUUUUAAUGAGCAUUAGAACAAAUUUUUUUUUCUCUUUUUCCAAGCCCAAAAUCACAGGCUAAUGAAAAAAGAAAAAAACGUGUGAUUUUGUGAAACAUAUAAAUAUAUAAAAAUGUAUGAUAAACUUACGAUUAAUUGAUCAGUUAAUUAUAACAGUAAACGAUUGAUGAUUCUCUGUAAAUAAAUUAUAAAUAAUAUAAAAAAACACUUGCGAUAGAAUAAGAAAUGCUAAAAUGCUACCUUUGCUGCAUAUAUAAUAUAUAUAUAAUGGAGUAAUUAAUGAAUUUGUAGGGGGAAAGGAUAUGUGUGGAUACUGUGAGGGUCUCGGAAAAUUCACGAGCUGAAUUUGGAAAAAUCGGAGAAAAUUCAGUGAAUAGAUUUUCUUGCGAUUUUUUAAAAAUAAAAAGAUGGUUUUUGUGGCCAAAUGGGGGGGAGGGACAGUAAGAAGCUUUUCAGGGAAAGCUUGGGGAAAAUACCGGGGAAAUUUUUCGGUUUCGGAAGUUGGGAAUGUCCAGGGAGAAUCGAGGAGUGAAUAUGUGGGAAAUCUGAGGAAAAUUCAGGAAAAAAUACCUUCCAUUGAAGAUUCAAUCAUUUUUGUUAUGCUGGAGGGAAAAAAGGAGAUGAAUAUGGAAAAUUGCUGUCUGUAAGGAAGUGACGACGAGAAAAUGCUGAAAAUUUGAAAAAAACUCGGGAAAUCCGAGGGGAAUCUAAGGAAAUUCUGUGUUUACUGAAAAUUCAGUUUGAAUAUUUUUAGACAAACAACUGACGGAAUGUGAGUAAAAUUGUGAUGUAGAAAAUCGGAAAAUGCAGGGACAACUGGAGGAAAACCCGGAAAUUUUUUCUUUCGAAUGAAUGGGACAAUCACUAAAAAUCAUUUCGCUUUUUUCCAGAACUUGUGAAAUAAUGGGGCAAAAUAGGCGUUUCACUUCAUGACGCGUUAAUUAGGGUAUUAUGGACCCCUCCUUUCCCAAAAUUCCAAACACAUUCUGAGAUGAUUUUUCCAUUCAUUAUAAUGAUAAAUAUUUCCAAAAAUUAUCAAUAAAUCGACUGAAAAAAUUAUAAGUGAAGGGUUAACAUUGGAAAUAUCCAUCUCCGUAAUAAUACAGGGUUCCACUUUCUCGACUGCCGGCUCGUAGCUCUGAAAGAUCACCAGAAACCCCAAAAAUUUUGAUUCCCACAACCAAAAAAAAACUUUAAAAAAAAUCAAGUGGAGAAAAAAUUAUUAAAAAAAUUUCCACCUCAGUGGUCGCCAUUUUGUCUCCCUCAGAAGCCUUCAAAGAUAGAAACUCCCCAGAUUGUGCGAGAGAAGUAAUUACCCAGACCUUUGUGACACAGUGAAGUGAGUAGACGAGUGAUAACAAUUACUUUCACAUUUUUCUCAAAUAUCUCGAGAGCCAUUGGACAUACGACCUUCACCAACGUCUCAUUAAAAAGUCAGGGAAUUUUCCGAUGAGAUAGAAAAACAACUCCAUUUUGCCCCUUACUUAUGGAGAGAUAAGUGUGGUGAGAGCAAGAUUUUCACAUUGAAAUCGUGUUUUUCGGUUAUCAGGGAAAUUUGUUGAGAUAAAAGGACGUAUGACCAGGAUAUUAGAUCGGAAGUUUUUCUCCCACCUCGAGCGAUAAGAACCCCCUUUGUCCAGCACCUCCAGUUCUCGAGAUAUCGACAAAAAUCGAAGACGAGAAAUUUCACUCUUUUCCUCAUUUCUCUCGAAUGAACGAAACAAUGUAUUAUAUCGAGAUUAAGAAAAUUCAAUAAUUUUUAAGGGCAAACACCUACUGUAUAUAAUAAUUGUACUGUAACCAUUGGUAAUGCACUCUUCGAGAUGAGAAUUAAAAAGGAAUGAUAAAACUCGACGGAAGAAAACUUGUAAUUCAUCGAGUUGACGAUGAGAAAUUUUUAAUCAAAUUUUUAAUCCUUAAUUUGUAUUUUUAUUAUUUUUAUUAUGUUCCAUUGUUAUUAGUUUUUACGCACUAUCGAUUAUCGCAAUGAAUUAAUUAAUUGUAUGAAUUAUUAAUGAGAUAUAAUUGUAACAAAAAUACUGUUAACUAUUCUUAAAGACAAAAAUGGACAAAAAAAAUGAUUGAGAAAAAAAAUAUGAAAAAACUUUUGUAAACUGAGAUCAAGUGACGUCAAAGAAAAAAAAGUGUUCUUCGGAA